AUGGACUUAGAGGAACAGAAGGAAGCUGCGAAAGUUGGCAUUAAGAACAAAAUUCAUGCCUUCUGCCGGCUGGGAGGCUGGCGACUGGUCAACAACUGGUGCGCCGAAUGGUCGCCACCUCCAUCGACCCGACCUUUCGUGAUGAUUAUCGGUCAGCGGGACCGGCAACGCGCUUUGCUUCGCCUCAUUACACGUGAAAGCAGAUCGCUGCCGAAAAUUGCCCCUCCUCUGCGUGGCCCCGCCCGCCUCAGUGCCGCUUACCGAAUACCGCGGUCGACCUGCCGUUGGUCACUUCGUUGCCCGGCUCCUUUGUUGUGCUGUUUGCCAUGGACGGGUGGCCUCGGUUCAGUCGCUUUUCAGACCAUUAAUCUCAUUGUGAUCGGCGCCAACGGAGUCGAUUACGCUUCUCAGCCAAAAGACAAACCCGCACCGGCCACCCUUGACCGCAGCGCCACCGUAAUCUGA